ACUUCGUAGGACAAAAUAAGCCAUGGCUAUCAGUUCCGUAACCAAAGCAAAAAUUUUCUGCCGAUUAUCGUCGACCCAAUUCAUUUCCACAGUUCCCCACAAAAUUUCCCAAUUCAGGAACAAGAUUUGUCUUGCAAAUCUCCUUCAAAGGUAUGGGCUUUCACCCUCUCAACUCCACACUUUUCUUGCAAAAAAACAUUUUUUACUCGAUCACUAUAAUGUUCACGAUAUCCAGAACUCUCUAAACAUUCUUUUAUCAUUUAAAAUCCCUCAGACUUCCUUUAUUUCUUUGUUAUUCGAUUGUCCAGCUGUUCUGGAUUUUAACUUUUUGAAAAAAUGGCAAAUUGGGAUUUCUAAAUUCGGGGACUCGGGUAUUUCUCCAGUGGCGAUCUGCAGUGUUUUGGCUCUUUCUAAGCGGUUUCAGAUAGACCCAGAUUUGUUUUUGAACCGUGUUAGUCUUUUGAAAGAUUUAGGGUUUAAUGGAGGGGUUUUGACUAGGGUGUUUGAAAGGUUUCCUAGGAUAAUCAUGAUGAAUGAAGAUGAAAUUUGUGAAAAGAUUGGGUUUUUGGAAGGAACUGGGAUUUCAAGAUACGGGAUUGAAAGGGUUUUUCAUUAUUUUCCUGAAGUUUUAGGAUUUGAUGUUGAAAAUAGGUUGAAGCCAUUGCUUGGUGAGUUUUUGGAAUUGGGCUUUAGUGAAGAUGAAAUUAGGGAUGAGAUUACAAUGGAUCCAAGAGUUUUGGGCAUGGAAUUAGGGGAAAUGUCGAGGUGUUUAGGGUUGUUGAAAACAUUGAAAUGCCGAGUUCCUAUUAAAGACAAGAUUUUUAGUGAAGGCGAAUUCAGAGCUGGGUUUGAAGUGAAGCUUAGGAUUGAUUGCUUGUGCAAACAGGGGUUGAUUCAUAGAGAAGCAUUUAAGAUCCUAUGGAAGGAGCCAAGAUUGAUUUUAUAUGAAAUAGAAGAGAUUGAGAAGAAAAUCGAGUUCUUGGUGCAUAGGAUGAAAUAUGGAGUUGGUAGUUUAGUUGAAGUUCCAGAAUAUUUGGGUGCCAAUUUUGAAAAACAGAUCAUUCCUAGAUACAAUGUUGUUGAGUAUCUGAGAUCAAAAGGUGCUCUGGAAUUUGAUGUGGGGUUGAAGAGUUUGAUAAAGCCAAGUAGGCUUAGAUUCUAUAAUUUGUAUGUCAAACCAUAUCCGGAAUGUGAGAAGAUGUUUGGGAGGUUUGCUGAAGGCACUGGUCUUAAACGAAGGCAUCCAGUCGGGAUGUGGAAGCUUUUUAAACCACAGAAACAUACAGAAACAAAAGAAGAUGUGAACAACAUGAAAUCUUUUAUGGAACCACUAGUUUAGCUCACAAAGCCAAUUAUCCACAAUUUGUCCGUAAUCCAACCGGUUCCAGGACUUCUCACCUGUAUUGCCCUACAAAUCAGAUUUUCGUCUUCACUCCUUGCACGCGCUUCCAUCAAAAUUAUGGUCUUCUAAGCCGCCCUCUGCCCCAUAUAACUCGAUCAGUAUCUGUGAUGCACAACGGACUCUCAGUUGCCUUAAAUCUCAAUUGGGACUAACUGAAAAAGUGGGUAAAUGAUUCGAGGAAUGUGAGUUGCGUAUGGUCUCAGAUGGAAUAUAUGUAUAUAUCAGUAACCUGCAAAACUGGAUCAGUUUUUAGUGAUCCUUAAAAUUACAAGCACUGUUUCAAAUUCCAGGAAUCCAGUUGAAUGCAAUGAAUUUAGAAAAUAAUGGCAAGAAAAGACGAGGCCGAAAACAAUGACAAUGACAAAGACAAUUAUCAUUGCAGCAAUAACAUGAGCAACAGAUGCUGUCACACUCACUACAACAAUCACAAUAUGAGUCUCUUUUAUGUAGGUAAGCAACAGUAUCCAAAAAGUCAUUUGCAAAGCACAAUGGGUAAAUCUGAUCCUAUGAGACGGGAUGAAAUGGGAAAAAAAAUCUUAUGCUCAACUGCCUUGUCAAAAAGUCUAGAGACUACUUUCAUACUUGGGACAAAUAUGUAAAGAGUAAAGGUGCUUAUC